UAGACUCUUAUUUAGUUCUGUCGUUCUUGAGGGCCAGGGGAGUUCCUGCUUCUAUCCACGUGUCUCUUGCGGUGCUUUGUCUACCGCUGUUCCAAUUAUCGCUGCCUUAUAUGAUCAUAUAAUACUCGAUGAUUGAAUCCAAAAUACAAGCCAGAGAGCGAUGAUACUCGGUCCAAUAAAUGGAGUCGACUGCCUGGCCUUUGUGGUCUUCUUGGUUCCUCAGUUGAUUUACCAGGUGGACUUGUCUGAACUCUUCUUUGUGCUCCUAAAAGUCAUCCCAUUUCUAGUCUUCCAACUGCCAUAUCAACUCUUUCACGAGCGAUACUUUACCAAGCAUGAGAAGCAGUCGCCGUUCACACAGCAUGCCAGCCUCUUCCAGGAUGUGGUCAUCCGUUGUGUUCGGUACGCCUUCGCUUAUAUCCCAGCCAGCGUAGGAAGGGUAUUUUUCUCUAAACAGGUGGCCUAUCCGUUCUUUCGGUUCCGUCUCUUGCGACAUGGUUACCUGCAUUGUCCUACAUUCUACCGAGAAAUCGCCAGGUAUGGUGCCAGAGGACUCUGGAUUGUCGACGAUCCCAACACUGACCCUGACGUUAUCAUUUAUUAUGCCCAUGGUGGCGGAUUCUCCAUGGGCUCGGCGUACUUUUAUAUGGAGUUUCUGAUGGCCUGGGCAACGCGGCUGAAGGAGAGAGGGUUCAAGAACCCUGCGGUGUUCGCAUUGGAAUAUACGCUCGUUCCGGAUGCUCAGUGGCCGACUCAAUAUAAUGAGACUCGUGCUGGGUACACGUUCUUGCGAGAAACAUUCGGGGAUGAUUCGGCAGCAAAGAUUUGCGUGAGUGGGGACUCUGCUGGAGCCACGCUCAUUCUGAGCAUGUUAUUGCAACCUGGGCAUCUGGAACAAGAUCCUCAAUUUCAAUCGCUGCAUCGGCCAGGACUCGCCAUACUCUUGUCCCCUUGGACACACCUGGUGUCAGACUUGAAUCGGAACACACGAAGCGACUAUCUGGACAAGAACAGCCUGCACAUGUAUGCAAGACAGUAUGCAGGAGAGGCAUGCACAUCAGACAGUGUAAUAACACCAGGGUUGAACACUGGACGUUGGAAACAGGCAUCGCCGCUCAAUGGUUAUCGCAUCAUAUAUGGCGCGGAGGAGGUGUUUGGUCCUGGCAUUCAGGACAUGGUCCAUCACAUGAAAGACAACGGAGCUGUGGUGAAGGCCUCGGAGCUUGAAGCAGGUAUUCAUGCCUGGCCGGUGGUGAAUUUGUUUCUGGGUGAAAGUCGGGAGGAGAGACUGCAAGGUCUGGAUAUCAUGACUGAUUUUGUCAUGUCAUCGAGUCUGGCCUCGAGUAUAGAGAGGUUGAAGAGUUAGUACUCCAUCAAAAUUAUG